GAGACUGUGCUUUCUCUCCAGAAAGUGAAACAGCAGUGUCCCAGAGAGCAAUGACAUUUGGCAGUAACCAGCGGGAGGAAGGAGGCAACGUUUUGACGUGUUUGUCGUGAGAGACCAGAGUUGUCUCUCUGGCAAAGAUCUGUAUCCUGGUCUGCUCAAAUCUAUGUACGAGGGUUGGACCUGUGUCAGGAGAAACCUGUUUGGUCACAUUCCCCCAGUGUGACAAGUCCAAAGUGACAGUUCCGUAACCUGCUCUGUUUUAAGUAAAACCUGCAACAGGAAGGCUGGGCUAACCUUUUGUUUGUUGGCGCUGUAGGCACUGUUUCGGCGGGUUGAUGUGUCGAGCUAUCCUUACAGUCAGAGGCGAGCCACUGUAAGGUGCCCCUGCGACAGCAUAGGGGGAUCGAAUCCCAGGCUAUCCACUAUUACAAUCCUGCUCAGUGGCUACAGUGGGAGGGAGCCUCGGCUGACUGGAGCCACUACACUCAGUGAGAGGAGAGGGAUCUUCAGAGUGUCAAUCUCCCAUAUACCAGUGAGGCAGCUGACUGACAUAGCUCUUAGAGCCCACUAGAACAUCACUUCCUACCAAACCUCUCUGCCCUUCCCAACAAAUGGCACAAAUAUUAUGGAACCAGAAGAGAAUGUGCUGACAGAGACCAGGGCAGAAUGCAUUGCCAGGUACAAGGCUGAGCGACACCGCGAGUCAGCUGUAAAAAUUAACAACCUCGGAGAAAAAACAAGCGACAAUUCCAAAAGCUUGAGAAAGGAAAAGGAAAAUGAACCUUUGGAAAAUCGAUAUUCUCUUCCAAAAAGAUCUGAAGCAUUGGAGAGCCUUGUAAGCAAGUCGACUCUGCAUGUACCUUUCAAACUGUGGGGAGUAAAGGAACUGCCAAAAGAAAUUGUUUCACAUAAAACCAAAGAGAACACCAUGGAAAAGAAGAGUUCUUUCUACGUCCAAAGUUUAAACACUAGGAAUGAGGGAUGGACAUCAGGGUAUAAGCUUGGUGAUUCUCACUUUCACAGGAUAGAUGUCUGCAGGAAAGAAAAGGUGAUGGAUGGUUUGGAGAAAUCUUUGCCUCUCCCACAGCGAGCCUCUAUCCUUGAGACCCAAAUCACUGGACUACCUCCACGGGCAAGCUGCAAUCCCCAGGCAUCAGUUCACAAGCUACAGGCAGUCCGGAAGGUCACCUUUAACAGCAGCAAUGGCACACAGCAUCCUGUGGUGGGAACGGUGGACACACGAGUCUCUGUGGGUUGUCUCCGCAGCAGUUUCCUGGAGAAAAGCAGCAGUUGCAGUGAGCAGAAAGUUGAUGACGAAGGUAGCAUAACACAGAGCCUUGACUUAGCAGCAGCGCCUAGCUCAGAGGUACGGCGGAGGCCCAGACGAUAUUUUGGCACUGGCGUGAAUCGCAAAACAUCUGAUCGCUUCAAGACACAGCCCCUUACAGUGACUGAACGAGAGUUAGUGCUGAACACAAGCAAGUCAAACACUGAUGAGGAUGACAAGAUGGAUGCAAAAUCAAAGCUGAGUGUAGCUGCAAAGAUGACACUGUUCAAAGAACUGGAGAAAGGGUCUCCUGCAGAGUCUGCUGCAAAGUUGCGUCCUCGCAGCAGCAAUGCAGCCGUGGAGCGCAGGCUGCGACGUUCCCACGACCGUUCUCGGACUCAGCCAGUGACCACAGAGGAAAUGGUGGUGGCAAACAGCAUCCCUAAGGCACAGUCACCAAAGGAGCAAGAUACAGAUGGAAAAAAGAGCAGUGCAGUUGAACAGGAGGUUGAAGAGAGAGGCGAUGAGAAUUCAAAGCUGAGUCUGAACCAGAAGAUGGCCUUGUUCAACAGUCUGUGUCAGCCCAUGCCAAAGAAGAUGCCUGCAAUGGAAGGACGUAAUGGACGCAGACAGAAAGGGGCUCGGUAUCGCACCCAACCUGUCACCAUCGGUGAGGUCCAGCUGCUCCAGGAUUUACCAGAGCAACGGCAUCACCUUCUGGCCAACUUGUCAGGACAGCCUUCUGUUGGGAAGACAGCGUUGGAUGGUUUAGGUUUGCCCCCAGCGCGGAAGGAGAUUGUAAAGCUGGAGGUAAUGUCAGCUACAUCAAUCCCCAGCUUUGAGGGCAGCAGAAAGACAGAGACUCUGGGAAGUGGGGAGACACCGAAGGAAAUCAAAGGAAUAUUGAAAACACAGGGAGUCAGCGAGGAGAAUAACAAUGAUGCUGAGAGUCACAUCCUGCAGGAACAGCCCAGGAGAUCUGAGGCGAGCAAUGCAGCUGGUAUACUAGCGGAGAGCAACUCUAUUCCAAGUGCCCUGGUUGAAGAGUACAGCAUAGAAACGGCAGACGUAACCCAGGGGCCGGACAAGAGUGGAAAUGAAGUGAGACCAACUGAGAAUGAUACUUCAGACAAACCAAACUCCAGUGAAGUACAAAAGGGUGACCAGAGAGAAACAGCAGACACUGAAGGAUCUGAAGAGCCAGAACAGGACAAUUUCUCAACACCGCCUUCCUCACCACCAUGGCACCAGAAAGACAACUGUUCCCUCCCGCAGUGGCAACCAGCUGAUAACCUCUGCACAUCGCAGGGGAAAGAGCAAGGCGAGGGCUACCUGAAACAGUUACUUGAUGACGACAAUGUGGAGCAAUCCCUAACUCCAAUUAACGUAGGAACUUCUGUCAAGGACAGGUUGCAGAAACUGAAAGACGGGGAAGAGCAGUGGAAGAAUAAAAUGAACAAGAGACAGAGUGAUGUUCAUGUCCCACUGACUGAACGCUACAGUCAGCUCCAACAAGUCGAAGGUGCCUGGAAGAAAAAGGGAGAAGAUGGGUAUCUGAGUGAUGCAGAGCAGCCUCAGUACUGGGACCCAGUCUAUUCCUCUAUCUAUCCCCCUGCUAAUAGACCAUGCCAGUACAUCAUGUAUGACCAGGAAGCAUUUUCUCACAAGCUCAGAGAAGCGACGUUCAGUCAGAGUGGCCCUGAGUGUCUGUGGAGACGAAAGAGAACAGCAACUGAGAUCGGGGGUCAGAUGACUCUGGAGGAACGAAAGCAGCUGAUCAGUGUGAGCGAGGAACAGUGGAAGACAAAAGGCAAAGGUGCAUUCAACGACUCCACCCAGUUCACAGUAGCAGCCCGCAUGGCAAAGAAAGGGCUAGUGCCUACGAUGACUGAAAAUAAUGAUGACACAGCUAUUCCUUUCAAGAAAGUUGCCACAGCAACAAACACGCCAAUCAAACCUCUGGAAGAAAUUACAAGUCGGCCUGAUGUACCCCUAGAGAGUGAUGCUACGUUGGAUAACCUGGAGACCUUUCUCAAUAAGCUGCAUGCUAAAGGCACACGUAACGUGGAGACAACAAUCACAGUAAUGGAGCAAACAGUGAAGGAAGUGAUGAGACCAGAUGAUGAUGACACCUUUGAUAAAUUUUACAAGCACACUCCCACUGUUCUGACAUCCAGUGUGGUGAAAAUCGAGGAGAAUUUUGAUGCUAUUUUUGAAGCCAACACUCCAAAAUUGACCUCUGAGGUGGCAGAGCAUAGGCGAGCUGUAAGACCGGUGCGUAAGACGCAAUGUUCCCGCAAUCCUCUGAGGGCACUAGCAGCUCGGGAAGACAUCCGUCAGGAAUACACAGAACAACGUUUGAAUGUGGCUACUGUGGAGGUCAGGAGGAUCCAGACUGAGAGAAUGGCGAAACACUCCAACUACGCAGACGUGAGCUUGGCGGGGCUAGCAAGCAAAGAGAACUUCAAAAACAUCAAUCUUCGGAAUGUGAAGACAACAGAGCAGAUGUCGAGUAACAGUACAAAUCCUUUCAACAAAGUGAUGCUACUGCAAGUUAAAGGUCGCAGGCAUGUCCAGGUGCGACUGGUGCAACCCAGUGCCAGCUCGCUCAACAGUGGCGACUGUUUCCUAUUGGUCACUGCAAAGCACUGCUUUCUAUGGAUUGGAGAAUUCGCAAAUGUCAUAGAACGCUCCAAGGCAUCAGAGUUGGCUAGUUUCAUCCAGACAAAGCAUGAAUUGGGCUGCCGAGCACCAUAUGUCACCAAUAUCGAAGAAGGCAUUAAUAGUCAAAGCAAAAGGGUCAAGGAAUUCUGGGAUCUACUGGGUGGCGAGGCUGAAUACCAAGCUGCGGGAGAUCCUGAGGAAGAUGAGCUGUAUGAAGCUGCUAUCACAGAAACAAACCACAUAUAUCAUUUGGUUGGGGACAAGCUUGUCCCAGACAAUGAAUCAUGGGCAAAGAUUCCUCGCUGUUCCAUGCUGAAUUCAAAGGAGGUGCUGGUGCUGGAUUUUGGCAGCGAGGUGUACAUCUGGCAUGGUAAAGAGGUCACCCUGGCACAGCGCAAGUUGGCUCUCCAACUGGCCAAACAGUUACUGAGUGGUCCUUGUGAUUAUAGUAACUAUGGAAUAAACCCCCUGGACCCUGGAGGCAAUAAGAACAUCUCCCAGCAGCAGAGCCGCCCUGACUGGGUGAUCUUUGGUCGAUUGUCCGAACACAAUGAAACAAUUUUGUUCAAGGAGAAGUUUCUGGACUGGGCUGAAUCGAAAAAACCAGUGCAAAGGGAUGUUGAGAUUACGGCUGAGGUAAAGUUAGAUCCUCAGAAUGACCUGAAGCCGUAUGAUGCUAAACUGCUGAUUCCACUCCCGCAAGUGUCACUCCGAAUGAUCCUGGAUGGAGUGGAUGUGCAACGUGGUUAUGGAUUUCUACAAAUAGAUGGUGAGAGGAUGUCAGAAUUGAAGACUGUCGGUGUGGAGGUCUGGCACGUUCAGGAGUUUGAACACAGCCAGCUCCCUAGAGAGAGUUAUGGCCAGUUCCACGAGGGGGACACAUACGUUAUCCAGUGGAAGUACACCAUCAGCAGCCUGGUGGGAAAGCGACAGAAACCGGAUCAGCUGAGCAGCUGUGGUCCUGGCAAGGAGCGAUCUGCGUACUUUUUCUGGCAAGGUCGGCUGUCGAGCAUUAGCGGCAAAGGUGCAUCAGCACUGAUGACUGUGGAACUGGGCAAAGACAGAGAAGCUCAGGUGCUGGUGUCACAGGGAAAAGAGCCCCCCUGCUUUCUCCAGUUGUUCCAAGGAGGAAUGAUUAUCCACAGUGGAAGGAGAGAUAACAUCAGAAACCCACAAGCAGGGCUUUGGAGGCUGUUUAUCGUGCAGGGAGAGGUCGCAGUGGAGAGUAGCCUCCUGGAGGUGGCGAGAGAGUGCAGAAGUCUGCGUUCAAGGGGCUCACUAGUCCUGGUGAACACUCAGCAAGCUCUCAUCUAUCUCUGGCACGGUUGCAAAGUUCAAGCCAGUGUAAAGGAGGUUGGCAGGACUGCAGCUAAUCACAUUAAAGAACGGCCUCCUCAGGAGCUGGGCCUGUGGAGUAGGAUGGAUGUAACAGUGCGAGAGAUAGAAGAAGGGUCAGAACCUCCAGAGUUUUGGCAUGCACUAGGGCAACAGGAUCGAAAAGUGUAUGAUUGCAUGUUGCAAGAUCCUGGGAAAUACAACUUCACGGUGCGUCUCUUCAGACUGUCUGCUUCCUCAGGGGAGUUUACCGUAGCAGAGCAGUUCAGUCCAACACAUAUCUCCAGUGGUGUCAUGGCGAUGCCCUUCCUACAGGAGGCUCUGUACUCUGUAGCUCAGCCAGCUUUGUUCCUCAUGGAUAACCAGUUGGAGGUUUACCUGUGGCAGGGCUGGUGGCCAGAGGACAGUGAAAGCACAGGUUCAGCGAAAAUCCGAUGGGAUAUGGAGCGGAAAUGUGCCAUGGAGACUACGCUGCAGUACUGCACAGAAAAGAACCCGAGGCGACCUCCGAAAGCAUACCUGGUGCACGCUGGCACAGAGCCACUGACUUUCACCAAUAUCUUCCCGAGUUGGGAACACAACACUGAGAGUUUGCAACAGAAUAUUCCUUGUGUGCUUCAGGGGAAGCGGGGUGGUGCGAACAGAGUGCUCCUUGUUCAGGAUGCCUUAUCAAGAUUAUGCAAGACACAGUACUCAUUGGAGGAGAUUAUGUCCAGACCCUUACCAGAGGGAAUUGACCCACAUAGACUGGAAACCUAUCUGUCUGAUGAAGAUUUUAAGAAAGUCGUGCAAAUGUCAAGAGAGGAAUUUAACCGACUUCCUGGCUGGAAGCAGGUGAAUUGGAAGAAAGUGAGAGGCCUGUUCUGAGGAAACAGUAACAUUUUCAGCCAAAACCUGCCCAGGAAUGUUUACAAUUCCAACACCCCCACUCACCACAUCGUUUAGGUAGAGCUUGGAGAGUGAAGUUCAUCAAGUAAACGCUUUGUCUCUGUAAA